ACUCUACAGUCCUAAUGUAGAUGUAGAUUACAAUAGAACAGACUUCUUCACCUCAGUCACACCACGAUCACGCUGGUGCCCGUUCAGUCAACCGUUUGGUUUCACACCUGAACUCACAGGUGCUCCAGGUUGACUCCAGGUAAACUUUAGAGCAGGUUUUAUGUAAAUCUCCUGUAAAUGUCAACAUAUGUUUUAGAGUAAAAACAUAAAAUCAAAAGAAAAAACCCUGAAAACUUUGCAGUCCCCGCGCGCUCCUUCCGCACAAAUCACUCUGAGCAUGCGCGCGUGACGUCAGUCUGUCUCUCCGCGGUCGGACCCGGAAGUCCCGUUCCGGUUCCCGGUGCUCCGGUUUUCGCCCGUUCGUGUAACCGACGGCUUCUCGCGCCGGUGCGCGUGCCAUGGUGGGCGGGGCUCCUGACACGCUGCCCAGAAGUCGGACCGGAAGCUGAAGUUUUCACCUGUUGCUUCUGAACUUCUCAGGGAGUUCGGUUCCGGCGCGCGCGCGCACCCCCGUGUUUACUUCCAAGCUGCUGCUGUUUUGGGCGCGUGUCCUCGGCGCUCGCGCUCGCUCGGUGAGAGUUCGGGUUUUGUCGGGUUAUUGCUGCGGAUCAGGAUCUGCGCUCCGGUCGGAACCAGGUUCCAGCAGGACCCGGACCCGGUUCGGACCGACCGCAGGUUUAUCACCUGUUUAAAGGUCCAAACCUGAAAGAAGCUUUGAUGUUUGUCACGUGACCACAGCUCCUCCUGAGGUUCUGACUUUGGCCCCAGUCUGUCCUCACGGCCUCCAUCACGAUGGGGAAGAGGAAAGCUGAAGGCAGCAGUGAUGGAGCCGCUCUGAAGAAGUCCAGACUGGCACCUGCCAUCACCCACAAUGCACCGCGGCCUGCCAAGCCGUCCACCGUCAGUCCGUCGUCGGGAGACAUCGGCCUGAUCGAGAGCAUCACGCUGAAGAACUUCAUGUGCCACCGCUCUCUGGGUCCGUUCCAGUUCGGACCCAACGUCAACUUCAUCGUCGGGAACAACGGAAGCGGGAAAAGUGCCAUCCUGACGGCUCUCAUCGUGGGUCUUGGAGGAAAAGCCACCGUCACAAACAGAGGAGGUUCCCUCAAGGAUUUUGUCAAGAUUGGUGAAAACACCGCCGACAUAACGGUGAAGCUGAGGAACAAAGGAGCCGACGCCUUCAGGAAGGAUGUUUACGGCGAUGGCAUCACAGUGGAACAUCGCGUCUUCAGUGACGGAUCCCGAACCUGCAAGCUAAAGAACGGAUCAGGGCAGCUCGUUUCCACAAGGAAGGAGGAGCUGGUGUCCAUCUUGGACCACUUCAACAUCCAGCUGGAUAAUCCCGUCUCCAUCCUCAGCCAAGAAAUGAGCAAACAGUUCCUACAUUCCAAGAAUGAAACCGACAAAUAUAAGUUCUUCAUGAAAGCUACGCUGCUGGAGCAGAUGAAACGAGACUACAUCCACAUCAAGCACACGGAGACCAUCACCCGCCAGCAGAUCGAGAGGCAGGAGGAGAGCUUGAAGGAGUUGAAGCUGGAGCUCCUGCAGAAGAAGGAGCGUUAUGAGAACCUGUCCUCCUUCAGUCAGAUGAAGGAGGAGCUGGAGGUGCUGAACAAGAACAUGGCCUGGUGUUUGGUCCGGGAGCAGGAGCAGAUCCUUCAGCGACUGAAGGAGGACGCUGAGAAGGAGGAGAACAACCACAAAGCUCAGGAGAACCUGCGGCUGUGUCAGACCAAACUCCUGCAGACGGAGCAGGAGCUGCAGGACAUCAGGAGGAGAGCUGAGCGUCUGCAAGAGGAGCAGGAGACUCUGAAGGAGGACAACCUGAGGCGGAAGGAGGAGGCCAAGCGGGCCAGAAGGGCUCACAAGGAGCAGGAGCUGGUUUAUUUCCGACUACUGAACAAACUCCGACAGUCGGAGCAGGAGCAGAACCUCCUGCAGGAGAAGAUUGGAAAAGGACGGACCAGUCUGAACUCUGGAGGAGGCGAGCUCUCCGAGCGGCAGAAGACCUCCCAGGUCCUGCAGGAGCAGCUCCGGGGGCUGGAGGGGAGGUGCUCGCUGCUGAACGAGGAGAUCAAGAAGAAGCAGCAGGCGCUCCUCAAGGGGAAGGAGGAGCGGGACACGCUCAGAGUGGAGCAGAGGAGCGUCCAGGUUCUGCUGGAGUCCAAGCUGAAGAGGAGGAACCAGCUCCUCGCCAGCCGAUCCAACAAGCUGAAGCGCUUUGGAGAUCACAUUCCAGACCUGCUGGGCCUGGUGGCUGAGGCCAGCGCCGCCGGACGCUUCCGGAAGAAGCCCAUCGGACCCAUCGGCUCGUGCAUCAGCCUGAAGGACGCGUCGGCGGCGGUGGCGGUGGAGUGUUGCCUCCGCAGCUUCCUGAAGGCCUUCUGCUGUGAUAACUACAGAGACGAGGCCGUCCUCCAGGAGCUGAUGACCCGGUUCUACCCGAGAGGAACCAGGCCGCAGAUCAUCGUCAGCCCCUUCACCGAUAAGCUGUACAACGUCCACGGACGGAAGGCGCGUCACCCGGACUUCCGGUCCGUGCUGGACGUGAUCACCGCCACCAGCCCGGUCAUCCUCAACUGCCUGAUUGACAUGCGCGGCAUCGAGUCCAUCCUCAUCAUCAAAGACAAAGACAGGGCCCGGAGGGUCAUGCAGCAAGGCCCGCCCCCCAGGAACUGCCGCGAGGCCUUCACGGCUGAAGGAGACCAGGUGUUCCUGAACCGCUACUACACCUCCGACUGCUCCGCCCCCAAGUACCUGAGCGGGGACAUCGAGACGGAGAUCAGUCUGUUGGAGGCGGAGCUAGAGAACCAGAAGGCUCACCUGAGCAGGUUCCAGCUGCAGGUGAGCUCAGUGAGCCGGGACAUCGAGGACAUGGAGAGCAGCGUGAACAGCACCAUCAUGGCCUUGAAGAAGACUGCAUUGUCCGUGAAUCGCGUGAACGUGGCGAUAAGCGAGCUGGAGACGGACGAGCAGGCUGACGACAUCCGCUCGCUGGAGGAGGCGGUCCAGGAGAGCCGGCAGAAGAUGGAGGCAGAGAGAGGAGCAGUGGAGGAGGCGAAAGCCGAGCUGGACCAGCUUCAGACGGCAGCUGAGGGGGCGGAGUCUGAGUUCUUAUCUGUCAGAGAAACGGCGGACCAGCUGGCGGAGGAGAUGGAGCCGCUGAAGGAGGAGCAGCUGAGGCUGGAGGCGGAGCACGCCAAGCUCCAGCGCCUCCACAAGCUUCUGGAGAACAAGCUGAAGGCUCACCAGGACGCCGUCCACGGCCUGAGGACGGAGGUCAGCCGCAGGGAGGCGGAGCUGCAGGAGCACGUGCAGAAAGCCACGGCCAUCAGCCCGGAGCGGCAGAGCGGCAGCUGCAGCGCCAAGACCAUCGACGCGGAGAUCACCCGGCUGAAGACGAAGAUCCAGGUGUACCAGAGCAGCCACGGAGACCCCGAGCAGCUGGUCAGUAAUCUCCCCAGGAGCCCCCUCAUCAGGAUCCACCAGCUGUGGGACCCAGAAAGAGAAAAAUCAGGCGAAGAAGACGAGAAGCUCCGCCCACAAACUCCAAGACGAUGACCAGAAGUUCACUUUUGUUUUUCGUCUGCUCAGGAUUUUAGAAAUCAUGACACGUUUGAAGUUUGUCUGUUGUUGAAACGACAAAAAUUGUUUGUGUUGUUUUUUUAAAAAAUCAUUAAAAAGAAGAUUGAAACAGAGAUU